AUGGAUGUAACUCUGGUCUUAUCGGCUGCCAUCUUCACGCUCCUCGCUCUGGUGGUGGCGACGUCGCUGUUGCGGGGCUCCUCGCCCCGAGCACCCCCGGUAGAGAGCUCCAGACCCCCGGUACAGAGCUCCAGACCCCCGGCACAGAGCUCCAGACCCCCCGCAGGGAGCUCCAGAGCCCCGCCUGCUGCCCCGGCGGGGCCGCGGCUGAACGGGCUGGUGCCCGCGGUGCGGCGCGGGGACGCGGACCUGUGGAGCGAGCUGAGCGGCAGCGGACACGACCACUGGGACGUGGUGAAGUCGGUCCGCUCGGAGGAGGAUCAACCCAGGUUUGAUACAGAAGAAGCAACACUAGUGGAGCACUCCACCUCCACAGGAUCCAGCCUGUCCGUCCCCUGUCCUGGAUCCCGGCACAUGAGUUUAGAGACUGAAGGAGCCACAGAGAGCCUGGGGCUCAACGAAGAGAAGGUGGAAUCAGAUGACAGUAGUCCCUUGCGGUACAUCCCUGGAAAGGCACGAACCCACCACCUAGAGAUGAUGAUGUCCACAGAGGAGCUGGAGGAAGAGCAGAGGGUGCAGCGUGAGCAGCUGGCUGCCAUCUUCCAGCUGCUGAAAGACAACAAGGAGACUUUUGGAGACGUGUCCGACGGAGACUUGGAGGAGCAGCUCCGACUCUACUCCAUCUGAACCCCCCGUGAACUCAGCUCUCCAGAACACGAUCUGACCCUCCGUCUGC